AUGUUCAACUUCCAGCGCGUAGCCCUCGUAGCAGUACUUGUGCUGGUGAUGGUCGCCAUGGCAAUGGCAGACCCCGACCCCGGGUAUGGGAAAGGGCAUGGCGGACAUGGAGGGUACGGCAAGGGCCACGGCCAUGGAGGGUAUGGCAAGGGCCAUGGCCAUGGUGGAUACGGUAAAGGCCAUGGACAUGGAGGGUACGGCAAGGGCCACGGCCACGGAGGAUACGGUAAGGGCCAUGGUCAUGGUGGAUACGGCAAAGGACAUGGCGGAGGCUACGGGCACGGAGGGUAUGGCAAAGGUCACGGCGGAGGUUAUGGGCAUGGUGGUCACGGAGGCUACGGACACGGAGGUCACGGUAAGUAAUCGUAAAAAAAUAUGACCUUAUCAAAUGAAGAAUAUAGCACAUACUAACAUUUUGAUUGGAAUAAACUUGCAUAUAACUUGAACUGAAGUCCAAUUCGAUUUUCUUUGCAGGUUACCAUUAAUAGCAGAGAACAACUACGUUAUAUAAAUAAAUAAAUAAA